AUGAGUCGCGCACAUCAGCCAGACCUGAAGAAGUAUGUGCAUAUUCACACCCCUCUUAUAUUAUUAAUCAUUUAGGUACCUGGACAAGCGACUCCGACGUAAGUUUCCGUUUUUUUGUCUUUUCGCACGUGAUUCCUAUUAAAUCUACUCGGGUUGCUCUGACCCGAGCGUUUAAUUAAUGUGUGCGGCAUUAAAUGCUGUAUGCAAUCAAUACGCAAAAGACCACUUGUGAUUCUACGUCCGUCGGCGGGUUGUCUGCACGAAUGCAGCCAACGGGGUCCGGCAAUCACAACACUAGAGCAUUGCUAUUGUGUAAUGCAAGUUGUAAGCUAGCGAUGUACUGGUCCUUUGCUAUGGGGAAUACUGUUGCGUAGAGUGCUAUACACAGGGUAUUCGUUAACCUAACUAACGUGGUCCAAACACUUACACUCAGUAAACGACGCAAGCAUUUGCCAGCGUUUAGACGCUUGAUUUGUUUGUCCAUGGCUGCUGGCGUUCAUAUCAAUUCAGUACGGAGCCAGUGCGAUCAUGUCAAAGCCUUGUUUGCCGUCUAUUUCGCGUUUGAAUUCGGUGUCUCUGUAUACUAUGUGUCAGCAUGCUUGAUGGAACUUAUUACGCCCGUUCUAGCUAGUCUUAGUGCUCCUCACAAUGCCUGUUUGUCGUCCAAAAUGCGACUACGAUAAAUGGUUCGGGAGGACUGGAAGGGCCGACAGAAACAAUAUAGGUCGAUUUAGUAUGAAAUGGUAGUAUUUCCUUGGGGAAAAGGGGUCGUGUAAAUUGUUAUGCGUCGUUUUUCGAGUAUAUCGAAACUUCGAUAUCUACUCGAUAUAAAUCCACCGGACAAAAACGCUAUUCACUCGAUAUACGUAUAUCGAAAAUCCGCUAUUUACCCGAUCCCGGGGCGAUAUACUCCUGCUGCAAGGGCAUGCACACGCCACGGUCGCCCGGAGUAUUUUUCGUGGGCCCAGCAACCUGCUUCCAACAAUAAGGACCUGCUGCCGAUGUUGCAAGAGCUAUUUGGACAUCUUGAUGCGGAAGUAGAGCUAGGCUUUGGAAGUGAUUUUGGUUACCCACAGUGGGAUGUCGAGUUUCGGUUCUGGAAACCUAGUAGCGAGCCAAAAUGACAGGCGACAGAGAAUUGCCAAAGUCGCCUCAUCCAUCGUGUUUUCGCGGCGCGUUUCCAGACGUCGAUGUGGCCCACAUGGCGGAUAUUCGGGUCACAGCUGUGCUUUCUACAUGUACUGCAUGGCGUUCGUAGCAGAUGAGAGACCAGUUGGACAUGUUUUUAGUGCACGACAUUAUUUGGGUGAUUAAUGCAUCCCCACCUGUCCAUAGCCACCUGCAAACGCCUAGAGACUGCGGGCCACGUCUCGUUUUAUCAUGUCAACCCUAUUCUGAUUCUUUACUGAAGAAAUUUGCCCUGUCAUGUUUUAAACCACAUAUCACCUCAAGUUGAUGGCUGUUAGUAGAAAGGGGGUUGCGUCCUCCCGAUAGAUGCAUUUUCUGAGCUCUUUGGUUUUUGCAGCCCAGGUAGUCGAGUUAAGUGGUCUUCCCAUCACCCGCUCCACCUAAACUUUUAGGUCGUCAAGAAUAAACAUUAGCCGGACGCCAUCAUGAGCAUUUUUAAAAAUCCGUCAGCUGGCGCUGUGUAAGAAUCCGAUAUUAACGGCAUAUUUAAUCGAAAACGAUAUAUAAGUCGUCGAGAGACAUCUGGUCGUGUAUCGAACAGUUGUGGACAGAGAUGUUGAUACGAAUAGAGCUCUGGCCACAGUAAUUAAUACCUUUGUGGACUUCGACAAGUAGUGGCCGUCCGCAGCCUAGGUAUUAACUAAAACUCCAGGAUGCGCCGUGCGUCAGUUACUUUGCUAACUCAGAACUUGGGUCCCACCUCCAAUCGCCCGAGCUUGACAAUGCCAAACACGUCUACGGCAUGGGAAGUGAGACGUGUUGCAAUGGUUUGUGCUCUUCGCUUUACCUCAAUGUUUAAGCUCGCAAGACCGUCACCGGAUGCAAUGUCCCCCCAUGCAUGUUCAGCCGCUUUUUGCAAUAGGACGCAGGAAUUGCAACAGGGGAGUCAAUGAGCAUAGACCAGGCCUAGAGCACUUUCAUUCAGUCCGGAGUCAAAUUGCAGGGGUCGUUCCCAACUGAGUGGUCGUGCCUGUUUACUGUUUUCUUGCCACUAGACCAGGGUUGCCUACCACGCCAGCUGUCACAGACGCCGUGAUCAUAUACUCAGACGGUUGUUUCCUUCGGUGUCUUCGGCAGUCUAUUUGCAGGCGAUUCCUCAACAGUACACCCAGUCGUCUUAUUCGUGCUUGUCGCCCUGGCGCCUUGGCUCGCUGGCAGCGAACCACAAGACGAGGGUUUACUCCUAUCAUGUGAAAAUGCCAUCGUCAACCCUUCAGGGAUUUUAUAGGGCAGUCGACAUGCCGGACUUUAACCCUCCGCGCCCCGAUAUCCCUGCCACUUCUGGCCCUCUUCCGCUAAUUAGUCUGGCUCGGGAGCUUGCCCACACUAAAGACCGCCCCAUUCAUGCGUGUGUUGGCCAGUUAGAUAGUUUGCGCUGAUUACUGUGUCACAUUGAACCUUUCUUGGUGUCGCUCUUUUUACAUUUAGGGUACCGGAGCCCCGUCUGUGGUCAAUGUCAAACCCUAAAAUUUUGCACCUUGUUGCCGGAUGCAUCUAUUAGAAUCUAUCUGGUAGCAACGUUGAUCAUUUUGACAUUCGAAUGCGGUUUAAUCUGACUCACAAUUUCUUCGUUUUGACUAUUUCCCUUUAUAAUUGUCUGGCAUUAUAUUCUCGUCUAGUGAAGCUCAAUGGAAAUCGCGAGGUGAUUGGCCUACUCCGGGGUUUUGAUCCCUUCAUGAAUAUCGUCCUAGAGGAAUGUGUGGAAGUGACAAAAUCAGGACAACAAGUUGGCAUUGAUACUGUUGUCGUGCGAGGAAACAGCGUCAACGUUGUAGAAAUCCUUGAACGUGUAUAAAAUCCUCUUUUUAUAUAAAUAAAAAAGUUUUUAAAUCUAAAUUUUCUGAUUUGUUGGACGGCGUCGCGGCUUUGAUGCGCCAUUGAGCAUUCAACAGACUCGCUCCAUGAGCAAUAUUGGGGAAGGGUCUUCUGUGUCCGUCUAUGCCGGCUCACCUUUGUCGGUGCGCUCAAAUAAGUGACAUUGCUUUGUGGAAUGGACUCCUUUCUUUUAGCACAGUCGCUUACAGUUGGAUUCAGGCCAACACGAACCCGAGCACUCAUCCAAGUAUCGCACAAUUAGGGAAUCCUUUGGGAAGUAGAUGUGUGAUCUUAAAGUGAAGGGAUAGUAUAGGACUGCCAGCGACUUCCGACUAAUACCCUAUCACCAAGGUCUGUAGUCAAUUUUAAAUUGAACUGUUGUGCUUAGCGCCCUCGAUGCUUGUUACAUCUAGGGGCAUUUAAUGCCUGACUGAGUCCGUAGACUGCUAUUGGAGUAGUCGGAUCAGGGUUCGGGCCGUCCAGGCUUUUGUAAAGUCAUUUACAAAAUGAUAAUGGUGAGGUAUGUCUGGGCAUUGGGUUCGAUGACAUCCACUGCUCUACUUCAGUAAGGCAAUAAACACCAUUUGGGUUAAGAAUUUGGAAAUUCUCUUGAAGGAUUUCUUCCAGAGUGCUUUAAUCCAACGCGAGGGUUUUGGUGCCUUGUCAUCGAAGGUGAGUCAUAGUUUUCGAAUUGUACACUUGAUUGAGCCACUCCCUAGUGACGUGACUUUAGUGCCCUUUACUGUCCCAGGCCACUACGCCCAAAUGCCAUGGAAAUUUCCUACAACCCUCAUCGGUGUUUGCAUGAGUGUUGUUGCGGUCAUUUUUGUCAGAAAUCUCGGUGACAUCCACCCAUGUGGUAAACAAACUAGUAGCAGCGAAACCUUCAUGCGACUUGCUGAUUGUUUCUGGUGAUCGGAAUGGCCAGCUGGGUCGGGUGACAUUUCAGAUAACCAUCUUUUCUGGCCUCUUUAGGCUAGGCGAUGUUCAACCGACUGACCGCAACUGCAUGUUUCCGGUGUCAAUGCAAGCGUCCGUUGACCUGGUAUUCAGGCGAUAGUCGUACAACCAGCCGGAUUACAUUCUAGUCAUUGUUAAGGUUUUGCGCCUGUGUUCCUUGCCGCUGUUGGAUGAGUGUUGCUGGAACUGGUGGGGCCUAUUGUUCGCGCCAUGUCUUCACCUACACACACACACACCUGAGAAUUCACCUUAAAUCCGUGCCCUACUUGUCUCGUGCAAGAUGCCUUGGCAUCACGAAAUCGUGACAACACGGCCGAAGUUCUGAGCAAAUCCGCAGUCUGAGUGAAAUGAAAGGGCCGUAGGGAAUGAUCGUCGAUGAAGUCGUCGGUUCGCGUUGUAGUGGGUGGAUUCUCCGACUCACCCAGCGACACCGCAACGACUGGAUCAGGUAGAGAUCCCUACGGCUGUCCGUUCAGAGUGCAAGUUAGGUCCAGCAACGAGAUUUCUUCCAUUCCGUCCACUUUGCCCUGCGACAGAAUUUUACUCGUUUCCAGCCCAUGCAGUGUCGUGUGAUCCUCAGUUUUUAUAACUAUUAUAAAAUUCUCACGGAGCUGGCAUGGUAUCUCCAUGGCCACAAUAACGCACGUGUAUCCUGUCUCCGUUUGACUAGCCCUAUGCAGUUAUAAGUACUGGGCUGCGUGGGUGGAAGAUGAGCGAGAACUGGACGCAUGUGACCAUUGCUGUCUGUAAACCAUCCCUACGACGAAGUUCACUGAUUUCAUCUAGAGUGAGACAUUUCACAUUCGCUAAUACAUCGCCCAGAUAGCCAAUAACGCUUGCGCGCGUCACAUUCGUCCACCCUAAAACUCGCGUUGCUGUCUUUGAUAUAUCUUUGCUGUCUUCCUGAAGAUGCCAAGAGGUCAACUCGGCGAGCUAAGACAUAGAGGUGUUCAUUGGACCUUCGAUAUUCGGCUUCCGUCGCCGAAGAAAGGGAGGAAGGCGCGCCCUCCAAGUCUGCAGCCGCGGAUCGUCACGCGUGGGAGGUACGCUCCGCGACAUCAUCCUAGUCAAUCAGAUCAAGCAUGAUCGCAGCUAUAGCGAGCAAGUGCAGUCAUCACGAACGAGGUAUUGAGAGGAAAUUCCGCUCGAAUCUGCAAGAAUCUUUAGAAAGGCCGGAAGUCAGACUAGUUCGUAUUGUUGACUGCGUCCGCAGUGACCGUCCGGCAGAGUCCUUGUGUGGUGGAGCAGUCGUGCCUGUUUUAGCCGUUGACCAAUAGUUUUUUAUCUCCAGGUUGCCGGUCUCUAUCGACCCAGUGUCUGUCUUGACUUCAUCGUUCUUGCGGUUUCGCUGUAUGUCACUCGUUUUCGGAAAGUGUGUCCGUCUAGCACCCAAAGUGCCCGUCAGAUAUACUUAGGUAGGCCGUUAGGAGACGUUCACUAUGUGCGCUGAUGGCCUCAACCAUUUAUAGUGAGGAACUGCAUGCCCAUCCUCCUGACGUCUCACAAGCGCUACUGAUUUCGAUUGACUAAGGGUGCAGUGACACCGCGUUCUGCAUAAUUGUUAGUUGCGGUUCACCCGUCUGCGGCUUUAGUACGGCGAGUCUCACCGCAGCGGCUGCUCUCGCAUCUCCUGAUGUAGCUGAUUGACAGGCGAGUUCCGGACGUGUAGAUGCUUAGUGACCUUCGUGACGCGUUUAGUUUGGCACUACUUGCCUCUCCAUUACCGCUGUCCGCAAACUUCGUUUUUCGAACCCCAGACCUCCACCGGUUGAGGUAUGUCGACUGCCGAUAAAACUGGCACAUCCAGGAAAAGUUAGUCCUGAGACAUAGUGAGCCAUCAACUUCCUGGGAAUAAGGUCGUCCACCAACUGCGUUAACCCUAUGUCGUCUGCCGACUUAAAUUCCAAAGCUGUUCGGUUACACAUUCAUUAUAUUUGGCCCCAUCGUUAAGAAUUUGGCGACCUUGGCGGGAUUCGAACCCCAGACAGCAAGGGCCAGACUUCAGCACAGCUAACGCUCCAACCACCUGAUCUACGUGGCUCCGACCUGUAAACGGGAAUGUAAUCAUAUUUGCGUCAGGUUAUCUGCCCAGCCUACCGCAACGUAUGCAAUUCACCAGUUCCGACACAGGAAACUGACGACCCAAGCACCAUUUCCUAGGCAAUAAAUCUAGAAUCCACCAAGUGACUACCGGGCUUUAUUGAUUAAUUAGUGUUUUCGGCAAUUAGUAAUUCCGUUUUAGACUAAUGGUGGGGUCAUGUUAGUUUGCGAAGUACCCGUCGCCCUUUCUCCAUCUUAACCGCAGUAUCAUUAGCCUUGCAGGUCUGGAGAUAGCGUAGAUGGGUACAAUCAGAAACUGUUUCACCUCACCCUAAAAACAGUAGCCAAGAGCCGAGGCAUACACUUGGCCUGACAAAGUUGUGGUGGACUGUACUUAGUUCGUGAGGCUGUCGACGUUUCCUAUGUGGCCUCUAAUGUAGCCUUGGGUUUAAAAGUAGACUGUUUUUUGUCUGUAAUUAAUUGGAUUUAUGCCGUCAGAAUCCAGACUUUCUAGGUCGGCUGGAGUUUAUGUAAUUUAACAUAAGUACUUGCGUUAGAUUUCAGGCUCUACCUCACCAGCCCUGUGUCGCUAAUGUUACUAACUUAUGACCAACUUAUAGACCGACAUCUCCAUUAGUCUGUAUCAGGCCAGACCUGAAUCGGAUAGACUACUUAUAGCGCGCAAGGGGAAGUGCAAAAUACCUUCCCUCCCGUUGCGACGAAUUGACGUGUCUCAAGGCCAGUUUAUUGUGGGGGAGAAGGGACAGCCAGACCCGUAAUGCGCGACCUUCGCUAUAAUUAAUCUGGCGCCCGUGGGUAAUCACGGCGCUUUAACCUCUAUACGUUUGAAGGCGGUCAGCUGUUUAGACAACGACUUCCUACGGAGCAAGGACUAGGUUACGAUGGCAUCGCUAUGAUAUUUAAUCCAGUGAAAUCUGGUUCGUGGGAAGCAGGGGACAGCGCAUGCAUGGUCUGCGUGUAGGGGAGCUUUAUGUCAGUUUAGCUCCUGCGUCUAUACCCACGUUUAGUAGCCCUAACCUCUUCGUGUCCCUGCACCACGAUGGGUGUGUAAGAAAAGUCAGGUCGAUGCCGCACAGUCCUCCCUUACUAUAACCCGAUCCAUGCACUUGUCGUUAAGGCUUCUCUUGGCAGUGAUGACCCUCAUCGAGUUUGUCGAGCCAACUAUUGCACCGAUUCGUUUUUGUACUGUAAAUAUUUCUUUUAUGUCAACAUCCGGGAAAUUGCGGUCUUCUAUGUGCUGAUGCCACGUCCUUUGCCGUUUACCUCCAGAGGGGCAAACUCUCGGAUGGUCCAAGGUUUUCCCGGAGAACUCCAGAACGCGACAAACAGUAACCCUGGAGCUACUCGGACUGCAAUUGCCUACCUCGUCGGUCACUGCGCCCGAAUUCAUUUCCUGUCAGGGAGACUCGAACAGGUCAUCAGUAUUUGGCAGUUAAGGGAAAGGUAGGGAAAUGAAGGGCUGUCUAACUUGAAGAACGAGACACGAUCGCUGUGACAAGAGCUUUAUUAGCCUGACGUUUCGGAUUCCUGCCCGAACCCAUCAUCAGCGACAACAGCAGAUACGGAUGAUUCCUGCACCAGGGGCUGCAGUAUUUUUGGGAUGCAGUCGCCACGCUAUCGCAUUCCUAUGAACAUUCACGGCACACAGACCGGAGGCAACCAUCAGGCGUCUGGUAAUGAAACCGAAAGACCCGCUACCACGGCCAGAAACGUCUGGAGUCGUUUAUCGGAUCUGGUGUAGUUGCGGACAAAGCAACUACGUCGGAGAAACCGGAAGACAGCUCCGAACGAGAAUGGCUGAACACGCUGCAGCGGUACGGAGAAAUGACGCCAGCUCCCAAGUUGCGGCUCAUUCGACGAGAUCCGGCCACACACUCAAAUUCGACGAGGCCGAAAUUCUCGCAAGAGGUGACAACCGCGUGAGCCGGGAGCUACUUGAAUCAUGGUUUACUGGCCCCCAGUCCAUUAACAAGUGCAAUGAACUUCCCCCUCCAUACUCCGUGCUGAGACUUCGUCUAGGCGGAGUAGUUGGUCACGCGGGGAGCGCACAGGUGAACACUUCUCCCAACACCAGGAUCGAUGCGUCAGAUGGUCGAGCAAUCAUCACACCAGCAUCCAACGCACGUGAUGAAAUUGCAGCAAUUAACGACGCAAACGUCGGCCAUCAAGCCAUUAGCACACCACGUGCAACGAUUCCGGAUGAAGGGAGAGCCGUGAAUGUUCAUAGGAAUGCGGUGGCAUGGGUACUGCAUCCUAUAAAUACUGCAGCCCCUGGUGCAUGAACCCCCCGUACCUGCUUUUGUCUCUGGUGAUGGGUUCGAGCAGGCAUCCGAAACGUCAGGCUAAUAAAGCUCUUGUCCCAGCGAUCGUGUCUCCUUCUUCAAGACUACUUCCUGGGACUCGUCUCUUCGCUUCUAUUGGCUGUCUCACAUCUACCUCCUCAUUAUAGUAAGUCGGGUGGGUUUAAAGCUAUAAUGUCCAGCUAAUAUUCGUGGCCUAGAGGGCUGUCAAUCGACUGAGACGACAAGGUUCUCCUCCAGACUGGCUGUCGAGCUGCAGCAGCUUCUUAGUUCGACCUUCGCGACGACUAUUAUCAAUGUGGAAUCCGGGAUACUGAAGUUAAGUUCAAAUGAAGGACGUGACCAGCACGCGAAUGGUUCGUGUAGACAGAACUUUUUAUGCCAUAACACAUAUUCUAAUCUCCAGUUGACUCUACUCAGACCUGCCACUUGUACACGAUAGGAAAGGAGGUUGAGGACGAUGCAGGCAUCUUUCCCUCACACUACUGGUUCUGAUGUACCUGUAGAUGUGCCAUGCCAGAUCGAUGAAUUAUUUUCUUACCCUGACCGAUUGCCACGUCGUAAUGGCUUAAUGGCUCCCAUUGUCAAACCUUAGCCAUGUAAGAUCCGGCCUACUGAUCUGCCAUAAAUGUGCGCGUACGCGCCGCUGUGUGUGUGGCAGACGUGGGCAAGAACCCUAUAAAAGAUCGGCCACUGUACCCAGACCCAUCUCUGGCCUUUUGACCUUGUCUUGCUACUACAAGAUGGUGAAUUUAGGAAGAGCGACUGCAGUUGUUGCUACGUAAGCCUCCCUAACUAGAAUCCAACCUGCGUACAAACGCUACUCGAACAGCUGUGGUUGUCGUCGCUUAUGAAGAGCAAUCACCCGGUCUGUCUAACGCAUCGGCCUGUGCUGGCUAGUAAAAGAGUCCUCUGUUGUUUGGGAUAGUUGUGAAUUUAUUGCAUGAAAUCAAGCAAAGCAACAAAUUAUGGGCCAUGUUAUUAAGACCUCGUGAAUAUUACUUGUAAUAGAAUGCGGCAUUACAUGCCUCCGGCUCUCAUGCACGUGAGAUCGGGGCCGCCGUCCAUGAAAGUCCGGUGUACUCUAAGGUGACCAGGUCGUGUGAGGAGCGCGUAGGCGGGUCGUUUACCCUCGUUAGCCACUGCGUUCGGGCCAACUUCCGGUCGCCUUAUCAUUGUCUUGCCAAAGGGGCCUGGUGGAUGGGGUUGGGCAAAGUGCAGUAGAUGCUGCACAAGUCCGCCCCACUAAAAAAUCCAAUUCACGCGUAAGUCGCCGAUGCUGCUUUCACUCCGUGGGACACACAGUGUACGCCGUCGUUCGCGAUGGCCUUACUAUCAGGUGUGUCCACCAGCCUCCGGACCGAUGUCUCACCUGUCAUAUACGGUCCACUCUGCGCGAUCAUCUUCGACAUGCAGGGCGUUUGCCCUCGAGUUCGCCUCUCCAAGCCUCGCCAUUGUGUCAAAUGUCUGGUGUGCCAAGUAACAUCCCAUAAAUUUUGUCAAUAAAGACUGGGGAAACCGGAAUUACCGAAUCUCGCCUCUUUGUCGUUUCGCACGCAACACCCAAAUUCUAGGUCGGGAUAACUUAACACUGGAAGGGCACCCGUGUUCCCCUUGGAAAGGCUUGAACUUGAAAAGACAUACAAACACAACCCUUGGCUAUAUGAAUGCUCCAUAACGAUAGCCGUCUGCGGUGACAUGCGCAUCACAGUCCCUGAACCGUAUUCGUCGCUUAGGUUCCGCCAUUGCCUGCGCAUACUCUCUUCGACCGGUACUCUCACACAAAGUCCCACCUGCGGUCGUACCGACCGGGCCAGUGCAUCCAAGACUCAGGUAACUGGACGCCCACGCGCACCUGAACACAGUGUUAUAUAUAAAGCAGUUAGCAACUUAGACGUUCUCUCAGGUAGGACUCAGAAUUGUUACACAUGUCAUGGUCUUGCCAGCGGUCACCAGUGUUUGGGCGGCAAUUCACGAUGCUGUACAUAAUAAAUACCUCAUUCUGUCGUCUUUCGUUUUCCCCAGUUAACAGAACUUCGCCAGAGGCCGUGCUGGUUAAAGUAUACUCAUAAAUUUAGCCGCUACAACAUCACAAGCCGUUCGUCUAACAGAAGUCGACUGUCAGAAUCGUACACACAAACAUGGCCAGGAUAGGGCGCGGUCUACCACCUUUAUAAGAGUGAUUUGCAGAAAAACAUCCGACAGACUUGACAGUUAGACUGUCGUAUCUGACGAUGUCUACCAUUUGCUCCACAGCAAGGUGAAUUAGGCACGGUGACUUGCGCGUGAUUUAGUCUACAGCAAGUGUGAACUUACGUCGCACCUAUCGCACUUUCUCCUCACCCACCAAAGUCCGGUGUCAAGACAGAGUCAAGAAAACCGGAGGCGGGGGAGGACGCAGGUGGAUGGCACGGCUUAGCCCGCACCUUGGCGCUCCAUUCCACACCCCCUAGUCCACACAACAAUUGGCCAGGAUUUUAACUAUCAACAACACCACGACGGGCCGGAGCACGAGGAUGACUGGGCAGCCAUGCUCACGACCUGUACACCCAGCGGGAGCGCAAGCACAUCUACCGGCAGGGAACCAGGUGUCGGAAAAUAACCAGCGCAUACCAGGCUGCGAGGACCAUGGUUUGCUGAUCCAGGCAUAGCAGACGAUUACAGAAAUGUAGGUCUCAAUCCGACAGACUUAGUGUCGCCAUCACACCACGUCCUCGACCCAGCAAUAAAAGUACAUAGUGCUGGUAAAAAAAAGCAUUCUACACACAUUGCACAAAACGCCCCUGAAAAGAAAAGUUGAUAUUUCACCGUGUUCAUAUUCGUGCACCUUAAGCCUCUGUGCCGCAGGAAACGGCUUUCUGGAUCUUGGGCGACAGCAACUGGGAGUGAUCCUAGUGGCCAUAAUAUGUGAUGCAGAUGAACUGCGGAAGAUUGGCAAUAGUGAGGUCGAGAGAUUAGCGGACCUUGUAACCCUCCAAAAUGUCAAGGAGUAGUUUGUUUAGACGGCCAAUUUCCCACAAUCCUAAUGUGAAUGGGAGAACUUCGUGAAUAUUAUCUGGUAGUUAUGAAAAUAUUGCUGUAAACGGACGAGAUCAUGGAAUCAGUCGGCCGAAGAAGACAUUCAGUAGAGAAGAUAGAAGGUUGCUGAGAACAGUGAGCGCCGAUUAAUUCAGCCCCAGUCUAACUUUAGACGAAGUAUAACCGUUUUCAGCAUCUUUGAUCAUAUUUCACCGAUGAAUGGAUGAGUUCGGUCACAGAAGUAGACAUUCAGGGCUCACACUUUUGUUAAAUUCUGCCCAUAGAAGAACGGGACUUGACUUGCUAAUAACAUGGUGCGGCGUAGGAGUGUCCAGUUAGGCACACCCGUGCACGAGUGGUAGGCUGCAUCAUGCAAAUGGUGGCUGCUCCUCACGGUCCUAAACUGUCACCAAAGUCUCCUCUGUGGUUCAUCGAAAUUAGGCUCUAUCUAGCAGCCCCACCCCGGUAACCACCUAGACCGGUGGACUAAACCAGAUAAGAUAAGGGUUGUUGGUGCUGUGUGUCCCAAUACCCAGCAAUCCUCUUCCCAUCCCAUCUUCCCCCUUCUCCUCCUCUUUCCUUUCCCUAUUUUCUCCUUCCAACUUCAAAGGUCCUAAGAAGAGGAUGACGUACAAUUCCGUAGACCGCCCAGGCUAACACGGGGCGCUCUCCACUAGCAAAACCGUGACCCACAGUGGUGUUCGUCAGCCAUCUACGAUGAUUUAGCAGCCCAAUUUAGGAAGGACACUGCUUAACACCUCGUGGAUAAGGGGUUUGUAGAUUCAUAGAUUCUGAAGCACUGGGCCGAGCACUAUUGAAGUAUCCCCAACCGCCUGUCUAAAACCUCCGACGCCACCAUCAACCGACUCUCUCUAGUGAAAACGAACGACGACAUGGAUCUACCGCCCUCCCUUCUAGAAACUACCCGAACCGCUCACCAACCCUCCAACGAGGAAGCACCGGGAUCCGAUGUCAUCUCGGCCGAGCACGGCGACCCCCGACUGAUGGGCAAAUUGACAACGCUAUUCCAGGAAAUCCAGUGCCAAGGACACGUUCCACGGGAUUUGAUUGAUGCGACAGGUGUCCAUCUCUACAAACGGAAAGAGAACCGGCAACUCUGGAAUAACCACAGAGGAAUCUCACUGCACAACAUCGUGGGGAAGGUCUUCGCUCACAUCCUUCUUAAUCGACUCAACGGACAUCCAUAACAGACACUAAUCCCCGAAAGCCAGUGUGGUCUUCGACAGCAUCACGGAACCGCUGAUAUUAUCUUCGUUGCCUGGCAGCUGCAAGAGGAGUGGCAGGAAAUGCGGCCCCAUCCCUAUGUUACUUUGUGGACACGGCAUGUGACACGACAAAUCGAGAUGGACUCUGGAAAAUCAUACAUAAAUGUGACUGUCCUGAGUGACUCACCCAGAUAAUGCGUCAGCUCCGCGAUGGGAUGGUAUCACGUAUCACUGACAACGAGACCGUCUCAGAAGCGGGGCUGCGUACUCGCCCCCCACCGCUGAUGGACACCUACCGUGACGAGCACCCGGAAUUCCCAUCACCAACAGGACCGAAAGCCAUCUUCUCAACAGGCCCCAACGCGUUUCUCCACGACUACUAUUUACUACCUCCUUUCCGCGGACGAUUUCGGGCUCAGCGCCGUGCCAGAAGCAGAUAUGCAAUGGGGCAUGGGCCUCUUCGCCGCCGGCUGCGCCAAAUACGGGCUGACCAUCAACACGAAAAAAAUGGUUACCGUACAUCAACCUCCACCCAACGGUGCAUGCAGUGCUCCUCGCAUCUAUGUCAACGGCACCCAACUGAGAGCUGUGGACAACUUCGUUUAUUUGGGGGGCACCCUCUCAUACUGCACCGAAAUUGACGACGAAGUGGUCCGUCGGAUCUCCAAGGCCAGCCAAGCAUUCGGUCGACUGCGCAACAGCGCCGAAAUACCGGCUCAUGCUGGAUGA